AUGAGUCUUUGGAUAGACAAGUAUCGUCCUACAACGCUCGAAACCUUGGCAUUCAAUAAAGAAUUAUCGCGAAAGCUUAAAAAUUUGACAGACUCUGACUUCCCUCAUUUACUUAUAUACGGCCCCUCAGGUGCUGGCAAAAAGACGCGUGUUUUGUGUAUUUUAAAGGAAUUAUUUGGUGAUGGCGCUGAAAAGAUUAAAAUUGAUCAACGAUCUGUUGAAACGCCAAGGAAAAAAAUAGAAAUAAAUAUCAUAUCGAGCAAAUAUCAUAUUGAGUUAACACCCAGCGAUGUCGGCAUUUAUGAUAAGAUAGUUUUUCAAGAAUUAUUAACUGAAAUCGCUCAAACUCAACAAAUAGACGCGGGUGCUAAACAACGAUUUAAAGUUGUUGUAAUAAAUGAAGCUGAUGAAAUCACGCGUGAUGCUCAAGCUGCACUUCGACGUACAAUGGAGAAAUAUAUGUCGAAUUUGAGAAUUAUUCUUUGUUGCAAUUCUACGAGCAGAAUCAUUGAGCCAAUUCGCAGUAGAUGCAUGCUUUUAAGAGUGCCAUUGCCUUCAAUUGACGAGAUUUCUAAAGCCCUUCAACAUAUUGCAUCUAGCGAAAAUAUACGUUUGAGCAAGGUUUUGACUGAUAAAAUUAUCAAACAAACUCAAAGAAAUCCAAGAAAGGCUAUUUUGACUUUUGAAGUUAUGGCUUCUCAAAACAAAAACUUGAAUGAUAAUGUUCUAAUUCCCAAAGUUGAUUGGGAACAAGUGAUUGACGAUAUAGUUGAGAAAAUCGUAAAGACGCAAGCAGUCGAGACGUAA